UCACUUUAUAAAUACAUUUUAGAAUACCUUGCAAUCAUUCUAGAUAAGUGACAUGGAUUCUACAGCAAUUCUAACAGUAGUGUUGUGUGCACUAUUUUCGCUUGCCGCCAGUCAAUGUAUUUCAAAAGAAGAUGAAACAGUGUUUGAUAAUUUACAAUCCAAAUUGACAACAUCAGAAAAUAAUCUCGUACAAGUAAGAGUACAACUCACUUCACUGGAAAAUAAAUUGAAAAAAAAGACAGCUCCCACAUGUGAACCAGGAUGGCUCAGUUACCAAGGAAGUUGUUACUUUUUCAGUAAGAAUACAGACACUUGGAUAAAUGCUGAGCGUGAAUGUAGACAGAAGUCAAGUAAUCUGGUAAAAAUUGAAAGUGCCACCGAAAAUAUUUGGCUGAAACAAAAGUCUAAAGCAACAAAUAAACAAAGAUGGAUAGGCGCACGUGAGGUUAAUGGACAAUGGGAAUGGGUGUCCGAUUUAACUCCACUGACCUUUACUUCAUGGGCUGGAAAUGAACCAAACAGUGCAAAGGAAAACUGUGGCCAUAUUGAUAAGGGAAAAUCAUACAACUGGAAUGAUCAUAAAUGUGCCAAGCGUUUUAACUUCAUUUGUGAAAAAGCAGCUGGACAAUAAUACGAAUUUCUACAAUCAACACCAACUUUGUCCCUGAAUCAACAUGAAAUUCAUACCUCAGCAAAGAAAAAUAACCAAU